AUGUUCAAAUUCUUCGCUGUCUGCCUUUGCGCCGUGUUGGCUGUAGCCACCGCAGAGCCUGGUGUUGUGGCUGCUGCUGCUCCUUUGGCCUACACCGCCCCCGCUGUGGUGGGCAGCGCCGCCUACGUGGCUCCAUACGCUUCUAGCUACACUGCCUCGAAUGUGGCUCACAGCGCUGCCUUCCCAGCUGCCUAUACUGCUCCCAUUGCCGCUGCUGCCUACACCGCUCCCAUCGCUGCCCCAGUUGCCGCUCGCUAUGCUGCCGCUCCUCUCGCCGCCGCCGCCUACUCUGCACCUAUCGCUGCUGCCUACUCUGCACCCCUCACUGCUGCCUACUCUGCACCCCUCACUGCUGCCUACUCUGCUCCGAUAGCCGCCGCCUAUACCGCACCAGUUGCUCGUUACGCCUCUGCCUAUUCCGCCCCCAUUGCCGCCGCCUACUCUGCUCCCAUCGCUGCAGCGUACUCAGCUCCUCUGGCCGCUCCAGUGGCCGCUCGCUAUGCCGCUGCUCCCGUCGCGCCUCUGCUGUUCAAGAAGUAG